AACUAAUGUCGAGGUUCGAGACAGCCAUCUACGUCGUCUGCCUUUUCUCUGUCUGCGAUCGCAAUCAAGACUCAGUGCUCAUCCGCAUCGCAAGCCUGUACGAGGCCUCCUCGUGACCGAUAUUUGAACACGUGUCCACAUGCCUGCUUCAAGCAUGUCCUACUGAUUUCGCCUCUCAAGACGACAGCCUGAAACGGACGACAUGACGUCGAAGACAUCUUUCUGGGUCUACCCUUCCAUACUAUCUUCCUCGAUCUCAUGCGGGGCCCCCCGAAGCCAGACGACGCCUGCCUCAUCAUCAUCGACAUCUUCUCACAGAUGGUCUCCAUCCACUCGAUGAGCUCUUAGAUCCAUGAUCUUACUCACACGUUCGAGGCUCUAUGCUUAGGCGGUCAAAGGGGCAAAAAGGACUUAUCUCCCAUGACGCAGUGGAUGUCGCGCAGCCUCUUUGCUGGCAGUGGAUAACAAUGGGCCCACAUGACCACGCAACAGGUCUGCCAAUGCGGUCGCUUCGCGGCAAGGGUGCCGAGCGCAACCCGCUGGUAGUCACCGUCUCGGCAAGGAAGGUGCACGGCAGGACUGCACACUACGGCUGGCGGACGGCUGUACCGUCUUCCUGGGAAGACUACAACCCCGCCGCGUGCAAUGUCCUGGCAGAGCUCUGGCUCACCAAUCUGUUGCGAGAGCAAGGCAUACAGCCAGUCUCGCUGAUUGCCGGCGUAUACCGACGUAUCACGCCGUCCAUCGUCGACAGACUGGUCGAGAACCUCCCCGAGUACAGAAGGGAGCCCAUCGCGACGGCUCUGCUGCGUGAUCGUCGUCAGAUGAAGUGGCGAGUCAACACGCAGAACACCGGCAUGACCGUAAACUGUCUCAAUGGGAGCGAGGCGGCGUGCGUCACCAGGCGCCUUCACGGCUAUGUGCGAAGACGAUCGAGGGACGCCACUUUAUAAGCAGUACAGGCUCUAACUCGAAACUGAGGAAGGUCCCUCUCUCACUCUCGCAAGCAUUGCUGCAAAGUCCUUUGCCCUACCCAAGGAGGCAUACGGCUUCCAUCUUGAUUGUAAAAGCACUUUC